AGGGGAGCGGUUUGGCGGAGACACAGGGCCACCCAGAGGCCGUCGCGAUGCUCCCCUCCUUGCAGGAAUCGCUGGAUGGAGAUGAAAAGGAGCUAGAGAGUAGCGAGGAGGGAGGCUCAGCCGAGGAGCGGAGACUCGAGCCGCCGUCCAGCAGCCACUACUGUCUUUACAGCUACCGCGGAAGCAGAUUGGCACAGCAACGAGGGGACAGUGAUGACGGAAGCCCAAGUGGCACAAAUGCAGAAACUCCCUCUGGUGAUGAUUUCAGCCUCUCCUUGGCGGAUACUAAUCUACCAUCUGAAGUGGAGCCAGAGCUGCGCAGUUUUAUUGCUAAGCGUCUUUCAAAAGGUGCAGUCUUUGAAGGGCUGGGUAAUGUUGCAUCUGUGGAGCUGAAAAUUCCAGGUUACCGAGUUGGUUGUUAUUACUGCCUUUUCCAAAAUGAAAAAUUGCUUCCUGAAACAGUAACGACAGACUCUGAACAUAACCCUUCAGAAUAUGUGGUCUGUUUUUUAGGAGGGUCUGAAAAAGGACUUGAGCUUUUCAGGCUUGAAUUGGACAAGUACGUUCAAGGGCUGAAAAAUAACAUGAAUUGUGAGGAAAGGGGCCUGGAGAGUCACAGAAAGUCCUAUCUGAGCAGCUGGUUUGAGGAUGUUGUAUGCCCAAUCCAAAGGGUUGUUCUUCUCUUUCAGGAAAAGCUUACCUUUCUGCUACAUGCUGCUUUGAGUUAUACUCCUGUUGAAGUUAAAGAAUCAGAUGAAAAAACAAAGACAGACAUUAACAGGUUUCUGAGUGUGGCCAGUCUUCAAGGACUUAUUCAUGAAGGCACCAUGACUUCUUUGUGCAUGGCCAUGACAGAGGAGCAACAUAAGUCUGUGGUCAUCGAUUGCAGCAGCUCCCAGCCUCAGUUCUGCAAUGCAGGAAGUAACCGGUUUUGUGAGGAUUGGAUGCAAGCUUUUUUAAAUGGUGCUGAAGGAGGUAACCCUUUUCUUUUCCGACAAGUACUGGAGAACUUUAAACUAAAGGCCAUACAAGACACAAACAAUUUGAAGAGAUUUAUCCGACAGGCGGAAAUGAAUCAUUAUGCUUUGUUUAAAUGUUACAUGUUCCUAAAGAACUGUGGUAGCGGAGAUAUACUUUUGAAGAUUGUUAAAGUGGAACAUGAAGAAAUGCCUGAAGCCAAAAAUGUGGUAGCUGUCCUUGAAGAAUUCAUGAAAGAAGCUCUUGACCAAAGUUUUUAAUCAUAUGUUUUCAGAUAAUUGUAUGAUCAAGUGAUAUAUUUAAGUCUUAGUGUUUGAAAUUGCAGUUAUAAUUGUUCAUAGGAUUGCUAUUUAAGAUGAUUUGAAACUCAAUCCAGAUUUUCUUUUCGUAUUUUACCAAUUUAACUUAAACAAAAAUCUGAGGAACAUC